AGACAUGAAACAUGUGACUAACGCAUGAUUUGAGACGAGGCUGAUGUUUAUAUCAAUCACAUCAAUCAAGGUGCGAGGAAAAAUGGCGUUGCUACUGUUAACAGUCAUUGUUCUGUGCAUUUCUGCUACAACUUCCCUUUUAAGGGUACCUUUGCAUCGUAUGCCUAGCGCUAGGCAGAUAAUUCGCAGUGUUGGCGCUGCCAAUAAACUUGAAGAGCUGAAUGAAACCCCGGAGUAUCUACACAAUUUUUUAGAUGCCCAAUAUUACGGAGAGAUUGGAAUUGGUACACCACAACAGACUUUUAAAGUCAUCUUUGACACAGGUUCCUCAAAUCUCUGGAUUCCCUCACGAGAUUGCCCCUGGACGGAUAUUGCAUGCCUUUUGCAUACAAAGUACGACCAUAGCAAGUCAAGCACAUACAAAGCAAAUGGUACAAAGUUCUCUAUACGAUAUGGCAGUGGAAGCUGCUCUGGCUAUUUAAGUCGAGAUCUGGUCACGGUUGGUAAAUUGGCAGUAAAAAACCAGUUGUUUGCCGAAGCCACACAGGUCCCAGGGAUCGCGUUUAUAGCAGCGAGAUUCGAUGGAAUUUUGGGUAUGGGGUAUCAAAGCAUUGCCGUGGAUAACGUGACAACAGUCUUUCAAAACAUGGUUAUUGAAGGACUUGUAAAAGAGCCUGUUUUCUCAUUUUAUCUCAACAGGGAUCCAUCUGCAAAGGUUGGUGGUGAAAUAAUGUUUGGUGGGAGUGAUCCGACAUACUAUACUGGCAAUUUUACGUAUGUCCCUGUGUCUGUCAAAGGAUAUUGGCAGUUUAAGAUGGAUGGUCUAAAAAUUGGAACUGGUGAGUUCUGUGUUGGUGGAUGUCAAGCCAUCGCAGAUACUGGCACAUCACUUCUUGCCGGCCCGUCCUCUGAAGUACUGAAAAUCAACACUCUGAUUGGUGCCUUUCCGAUACCUUUUGUGGGAGAGGCCAUUGUAAACUGCAGUAAAAUUGACACGAUGCCCGAUGUAACAAUCACAUUAGCCGGGAAGCAAUUCACGCUAAAUGCAAAGCAGUACGUCCUGAAGAUGACGAUUGCUGGCCAGUCGCAGUGCAUUAGUGGGUUCAUUGGCUUGGAUGUGCCACCACCGCGCGGACCCUUGUGGAUUCUCGGUGAUAUCUUUAUCGGCGCAUAUUAUACAGAAUUUGAUAUGGGAAACAACCGGGUUGGAUUCGCCCGCACCAAGUAGGGCGCCUUUAUGACUAAUUGACUUUCUCCGCAUGUAAUUCAGAAUUUUUGCUGAUACCGUACUAUUUAUAUUGCAAUCACAUAAGCAAUAUCAAAUGAAAAGUAAUUUAUUUCUUUUUUUACGCUUGGAAAUGGCCGAUUCUAAGUAAAGCAACUUUUGCUAACUCCAGUAUACCACUGUCGUCCUUUCAACAAUGAACGAGUCGUUAACCUAUCGAUCACGUGAUGAAUGUUUCCCCUGUUAAUGAAGCCUAGCAAGUGGAAGAGGUCAAACUAGUCUAUAGGGUUGUCCUUAGAGAUCUUUGUUAAUGAACCUUUGUUUUCUACCCUUCCCGAUUUAACUGCUUCUCGUCCCGUUUGCUGCAAAGAGCAAGUUGUUCUAGAUUUGAUGAUUUCGCUUUUGAAUCCCUUAAUACUGCCCCAAAAUUUUGCUGCAUACAAUUUUUUGCUUGCUUUUGAACCUAUUUUAUAUUUAAGCUAUAUAUUGAAUCCAUCACGUAUAAUUGCAUACUUUGUGGAAAA